AAUUGUCGCCGUUACACAAGUAGGGCUUACUUUUGCACUAUAAAACCAAGGCUAAAGAAAAUAUCUCCUUCCCAUUCUCUCUUUCGUUAAACCCUAAACUUCUCCUUAGGGUUUUGCAGUCUCCUUUUGCUGCUUUCCCCUUAAUAAACCCUUUCCGUUCCUUUUUUGCACAAUCAAAGGCUCGAAAUGGGUAAAUCUGCUAAGAAGUCCGCCACCAAGGUUGAUGCUGCUGUAGUUGCUCCCACCAAACCCUUGAAGAAAGGGAAGAGGGAAGCUGAGGAUGAAAUUGAGAAGAUAGUGAGUGCAAAGAAGCAGAAGAAAAAUGUGGCUGUAGCACAAACUCUUGAGAAAAAAAAGAGUGAUCCAAAGACUCAAAAGAAAAAGAAACAAGAAAGCAGCUCCUCUGACGAUAGUUCUGAGUCAGAAGAUGAGAAGCCUACUAAAGCAGUGGCGCCUCCUAAGAAAGUGGCUCCUGCCAAAAAUGGGGAAUUAGCCAGCAGUUCAGAUGAUUCAGAUUCUUCCGAGGAUGAAGCUCCUCCUCCUAAGAAGGUUGUUGCAGCUUCAGCUAAGAAUGGUGUAGCUGCUAAGAAGAAAGAUGAGUCAAGUGAUGAUUCUAGUUCAGAGGAUGAUAGCAGCUCUGAGGAAGAUGUACCUGCAGCCAAGAAACCUGCUGCUAAUGGCUCUGCUGCAGUUUCUAAGAAAGAUGAGUCAAGUGAUGAUUCUAGUUCAGAGGAUGAUAGCAGCUCUGAGGAAGAUGUACCUGCAGCCAAGAAACCUGCUGCUAAUGGCUCUGCUGCAGUUUCUAAGAAAGAUGAGUCAAGUGAUCAGUCUAGUUCUGAGGAUGAUAGCAGCUCUGAGGAUGAUGCUGUUGCUAAGAAGGCUGCACCUAAAAAGGGUCUUGCUACUGCCGCCAAGAAGGAAGAAUCCAGUGAUGACUCCAGUUCAGAUGAUGAUGAACCUGCCUCUAAGGUAGCUGCUGCUCAACCAGCAAAAGCUCCUCAAGCUGCGAAGAAGACUGGUGACAGCUCCGAAGAAACCGACUCUGAUGAAGAUGAUUCUGAUUCUGAUGCAGACAAGGGAAAGGCUGCUGCUGUAUCUAAAAAGAAGGUUGAGUCUAGCAGCGACAGCUCUGAUGACGAAUCUGAAGAAAGUGAUGAAGAAGAGUCGCAAAAAAAAAGGAUCAAGCCCUCUAGCACUCCAGCUGUCUCCAAGAAGGAGAGUAGUUCUGAGGAAUCUUCUGAGGAAGACGAGUCUGAAGAAGAAGAGGAUGAGAAACCAUCCAAAACUCCCAAGAAGCAGGAUGCUGAUGUAGAAAUGGUUGAUGCUGAUUCCUCUAAAGCUCAAAAGACCCCUAUUACCCCUAAAGCUCAGACUCCAGGGACAAAAACAUUGUUUGUUGGAAAUCUAUCCUAUUCUGUUGAACAGGCCGAUGUGGAGAAUUUCUUCAAAGAUGCUGGGGAAGUUCAGGAAGUGCGCUUUUCUACACAUGAAGAUGGUUCUUUUAAGGGCUAUGGUCAUGUUGAAUUUGUAACUGCUGAAGCUGCACAUAAGGCACUUGAACUAAAUGGACAAGACCUCUUGGGCCGUGCUGUGAGAUUAGACCUGGCUCGAGAGAGGGGAGAAUAUACACCACGAACUGGGAGAGAAGAAAACUCAUUCCAGAGGCAAGGUAGAAGUGAAGGAACAACAAUUUUUGUUAGGGGUUUUGACAAAAAUGAGGCCGAAGACCAGAUUAGGAGUUCACUUGAGGAGCAUUUUGCAUCUUGUGGGAAGAUCUUUAAAACAAGAAUUCCUACAGACCCAGAAGGCUAUAUUAAAGGGAUGGCUUAUAUUGAGUUUGCAAAUGGUGAUGGUGAUACUUUGAACAAAGCUCUGGAACUAGAUGGAUCAGAAGUUGGAGGUUAUAACUUGACAGUGCAAGAGGCAAAGCCAAGGGGUGACAGUUCUGGUGGAGGCAGAGGUUUUGGUGGUAGAAGUGGUGGUAGGGGAGGUGGUAGAGAUAGUGGUGGCCGCUUUGGUGGCCGCUUUGGUGGCCGCGGUGGUGGACGCUUUGGUAGUGGUGGCCGUAGUGGUGGUGGCGGCGGCCGUUUCGGUGGUGGUGGCCGUUUUGGUGGUGGAGGCAGAGGACGGGGAACUCCCAACAGGCCAAGCUUCACUCCAUCUGGUAAGAAGACAACCUUUAAUGAUGAGUAAUUUCAAGUUCGGACUCUGGGGCCGACUUAUCAACUUAUCUCUCCUUAAUAUCGUCGACUUAGUUUUGGUUUUGAAUAUUAUAAAUUUGGGAGUUAAGCAAGAACUUCGGAAUGUAGUAGUUAGUAUAAGAUUCAGUAUAAUUUUGUUUCCUUAAAUUAUUGCGUCAUUUAAACCAUUCUUUUUUGGGUGGAAAGUGAGUUCUUCAUUGUUCAUAUUCAGUGGUUGGUACCAGACAUCAGACCAAACAACCUUAUAUUCUGCUACCUAUAUUUGCUGUGAGAAGUUACUUUUAUUCA